AUGCAAAGUCGAUCGGCAUCAACUCAGGAUACCACUCUACGUACAAAAGAUUUUCUGUCGAAACAACCGUUAUUACCUGAGGAAAAAGUCUAUUAUGAAGAAUGUAAAGAAUAUUAUCAUCUAACGGGACAACCAUUAAUAUCAGUUGCAGAAGAAGUUUUUGAUAGUAGUACUGAAUUAACAACAUCAUCACUAAAACUCUGUAUUGAUGAAGAUUGUAAUCAAUUCGAUUUACAAGGUUUUAUUACUAAAUUUUGUGGUAAAAUAAAUUUAACAAUGAAAGAUAUAUUGAUCAAAAAAAUACAAGUAGGUUCAUGUAUAUUAGAAGCAGAUAUAUUCAAUAAGUUUGAAUCGAAUGAUAAAAAAUUAUCUUUAAAAAUGAUAUGUAAAUCAAUUACGAAUAAAUUACGAGAAGAAUUUAGUAAAAUGAGAAUUUUCUUCAUGUUUAUGGGUUCAAUAAAAUCAUUAUUAAAUCAACAAAAACAUCGUGCUGAAAUUAAACUUAAUCCUCAAUAUAAUCGUAUAUAUGCACCUGAUCGUUCUUAUUGGUUAGGUGCUCUUAACGAUGGAAUUGAUCGUGGAAAUAAACCUUACUAUUGUCCUGUUGGAUGGAAACGAUGUUCUUUUUAUGUUACUGAUCGUUUUUAUGAAAAAUUCAAAGGAUGGUGCAUAUGUUAUCAUGGUACAAAAUUUGAAUAUGGCUUAUCUAUUUUAUUGAAUGGAUUAAAACCAGCAGAAAGAGCUGAACAUGGUGCAGGAAUAUAUGUUUCUCCAUCCAUUAAUUAUGUAUGUCAUCCAAGAUAUGCUGAAGUUAAACGACUUGAUACGUCAUAUCCAAGUAAAUUUUUCAAAUCGGGUAAAUAUGUACAAUUUGUAUUAGAAUGUCGUGUUCAUCCGAGUAAUAUUAAGAAAAUAGCAAAGGAAACAUUAGAUGCUGGUAAUACGAUUAUUGAUUUCAAUAUUGAUAAUAAAAUUAUCGAGUGGGUUAUCAAUAAUCAAAAUAAAAAGAUUGUAGAUUUUAAUGACCCAGACUCUUCUAUUGUUUGUACUGGAAUAAUGAUGCGUGUUACAGAUGAUCAUCCUGGCUUAUUACCUGAGUCACAAUGGUGGUAUGAAUCACAUAUAUGCAAUCAUGAAAACUGUUGUCUGUUAGGUAUCAAUCUUGAUGUUCUCAAAAGACGACGUCUUGAUGGCUAUAAGUUAACAACAGUUGAUCGAAAUAAAUUUAUUCUUGAAAAUUUAGCAAAUGAAAUUUUUUAUGAAAUAUUUGAAUAUCUUGAUAUACAUGAUAUAUAUAAAAGUUUUUUUAAUCUUAAUAAACGAUUUGAAAAUUUAAUUAUUAAUUCAAAUUUUUUACAUCAAAUAAAUAUUUCAACAAUAUCAAAAAUUGAUUUUGAAAAUUUUUAUAUUAAUAUUCUUAUACCAUAUAGAUAUCGAAUUAAUUUAUUUCGUUUAUCAAAUCCAUUUAUUGCUGAUAUUAUAUUCUCACCACCACGCAUAAUUUUACAAUUUAUUCAUCUUGAAAAAUUAAUUCUUGAUAAAAUACAAAUGAAAUAUUUAAGUAAAAUUUUUAAUUAUUUAACAUAUUUACCAAAAUUUCAUUCAUUAAUUAUUUCAAUUGGUGAUUAUAUUGAAUCAUUAGAUAUUCUUUUUACUCAUCUAUUUCAUUUAUUAACAUUAAAAUAUUGUAAAAUUGAAUAUGAAAUAAAAAAUUCUGAAUAUCCAUUAUCUAUUUAUUUGACUGAAUAUGAUUCUAGUUCAAUUCAAUAUUUAAUAAUAAAUGGUUGUUUUCCAUUUAAAUCAUUAAAUAAUUUAUUAUGUUGUCUUCCUAAACUUCGUUAUUUAUCGAUUAAUUAUCUUGUCCAUUGUCGAGAUUAUCUUGAAAGAGAAGAUUUAUCUCCAAUUAAAUUAAAAUAUUUAAAAAAUGUUUCACUUAAAUUUGAUUGUAUUCGUUUUGAUAAAGUUGAAAAAAUUCUUAAAAAUUUUUUUUAUUAUGUUCAAAUUUUACGUCUUACAACAAGAUAUGAUCAAGCUUAUUUAAAUGCUAAACGAUGGGAAGAUUUAAUUGUAAAUUAUAUGCCAAAUUUACGUAUAUUUGAUAUAAAUCAUGAAACUUCUAUGGUAAAUAAUAAUUUAUCAUAUCAUGAUUUGAUAAAUCAAUUUAAUUCGUCGUUUUGGAUUAAAAAAAAUUGGUUUUUUACACAUCAACAUGAUUGGACGCGACGUUUAGAUUCUGGAAUUUUUUAUUCAACAGAUCCAUAUAGACGAAAAGAUUAUGGAUUUCAUUGGGAAAUAGAUGAACAAAAUUGUUCGCAUAUUCAAGAAACUAAUCUAAAUUCAGUUCAACAUGUUUCGAUUUAUAGUAAACAAAUAAUAAAUAUUCAUCUAAAUUAUUUUCCAAAUGUUACUCAAUUGACAAUUAAACAUUAUUUUCAAACAUCUGAUGAUUCAAUUAUAACAACUCUCAAUCGUAUGAUUCCUUUAGUACAAUUGACAAAAUUAACUAUUGAAUCUUAUGAUUUUCCAUUUGAAGAAGUUAUUAAAUUAUUACGUUUUACACCGAAUUUAUAUUCAUUAAAAUUGAAUUUAUUAGCUAUGACGAAAACAAAUUCACAAUUAAUUAAACAAAAUGAAAAUUUUCAAUAUGUGACAAAAACAAAUAAAAUAAAAUAUUUAGAUCUUCGUGAAUAUUGUACAUUGAAUCAAAUUCAAUUGAUUGUUAAAUUAUUUCCACAAUUAGAAUAUUUUAAAACUCGUAUGAAUCGAAAAGAAAUUGAACCCAUAACAAAAUAUUUAUUAUUGAAAACUAAAAAUAAAAUACAACAUUUAUUCUUAUUAUGUAUUUCAGAAACACCAAAAAUAUGUUUAAAAGAAUUAAAUAUUUUAAUUAAAUCAGAAAAUUUACUUAAGGAUUAUUUUAUUAAAUUUAUUAAUCGUGAUUUAUAUUUAUGGUGGUAG